AGUUCCAAAGCUGUGAGUGAAAACAACAAGAGCAACAACAGUGGAACUGGAAACACCAGCAAAGGCAACAGCAGUGGAGCUGGAAAGAAAUGACAUGUAAGUUAGAAAGUACUAUUUUAAUGACACUUAAACAUUUGUUUUACAAUUAGCAAUGUUUUCAAUGUUACAAAUAACUUUAUACUGUUUUCAGCUGCUGAAACAAUAGUGAAGUCUUGAUUUCUGCAACCUGUUGAAAAGGCACCUCUCGCCAAGGUAGUGUUAUGAGUUAAUGUCAAUUGCUGAUCUCUUCUUUUAUUUUAUUUUAUUGAUUAGUAGUUAGUUCUCACAAUUUUAACUAAUUGCACCCAUGUACUUUUCCACAGAACAAUUCCCUCACCAAUGAGUCCACCUUCGUGCCACCAAGGCCUGCCCCACCUAAACCAGGUGGUGUUAAACCACAGGUGGGCUCUCCCGCAAGGCGUUCUAUGGCUCCUCAGUCAUUUCGCAAUCCUACUCGUGAGUGCUUCCAGUGAUCAGUGAGAUGUUUGGCUGUGAUCUACCAUGGCCAACCUGUUUAUUUUCCCAAUGUCUUUGGCCAUGUGGAGUUGGUUUAGUGUAGAGAGCCCAAGUCUGAGAUGAUAUGCUUACUUACGACAUAACACUUUCUAUCCUCCAGCACUGAUGUCCAGUGUCCUUGAGCCGUCACAAUUAGGAACAAGUAUUCUGCAAUCCACAAUCUUAGAUGGUCACUGUCUUCGCCCAGACUUUGAUGUGUCUGCCAUUAAAGCUAAACUGUCCUUUUAUUCAGAUCAUGAUGAUUAAAAAAAAAACAUUUGGGAAUCAACAAUAACAGUUAACAUGCUAUGUCUCACUUAUACUACAGACAAGACGUCUUACCAAACGCAGCAGUAGAUCCUGAACGAAACGAUGAACACGAAAAGAUACUCUAGAGAUGCAGACAUUCUUGUUGGCCUACCUCACAGCAAAGGUAACUACUAACUAUUGUAUUUAGUGUUUUUCUAAAUCGGACAACAUGUUUUAUUGGUAUUCUACCCAUUAGGAUUAACCUUUUACUUAACCUACUCUGAUGGUUCUGUUUGACUUCAGAUGGAGAAUAAAAGCCAGAAAUUGAAGGCAGGGGUGGGGGGCGUAUUUGAUCAGUGAUGGAGGAAUAGGAGCAGCUACGGAAGGAAGUCCAUGAGAAGAAGUGCCAGUACCACCUCCUGGAGAAGAACAAGCAGCUGGACGACCUGCUCGAUAUACAGGUCAGAGGUAAUUUCUCUCAAUACAUCCUAAACAAUCUUUGAUUUAUGUAAACAAGUUGUGUAGCUGAAGAAGUUGUUAUCCUGUGUGUUUUGCGUGUGUUAUCAUUAUGGGAUGGUUGUUGAUUUGAAUUACAAAAGAUAAAUUGCUUGUAACAUGUAAAACAAUCAGAUCUUUGAUUUUGAAUAAUCAUAAAUGUUAUGUUUUCAGAUCACAGCACUAACUCCUGUGGCUGAUGCUAUCAAGCAGUUCACACAGGAAUACAAGCCUUUUGCCACCACAGUCAACACCCACGUCAUGAGCUGCCAGUGAAGAACUUCUUCAUUGAGGGGGACAGAAUGACAUUUCUGGGUUGGUAUUAUUCCAUUCAAUUCUUUCUUUACUGGAGUGAAGCGAAAAACCUACAUCAGAGUUAAAAACUGAUUUACUGCUUACGCAUAGGAUAUGAUUUCCUAUGAAUGUGUUUGAAUGCUAAAAUGAAUGCUAAAACCGCAGAUAAAGCCACUGCUAGCCUGAAGGAGAGUGAGGAAGUGUUACUGCAGUGCACACAGGGAGCUCAGCAUGACAAUGAGAAAUCUGCUGAGUGCCGAAGAGGGAUGAAAACUGCUGCACAGGACAUCAGUGAACAGCUCUCAGGGUAAGACUAUAGAUUAGAGACCUAAGACAUGUAAUUUUUUAGUGAGUCUUGCCCAUUGACUGAUUUACUGUAUGUGCAUGCACACAUAAGCUAAGUGUUUACACUUGUCAAGACACUAACAUUAUAGUGUCACUUCAAGACACUAUAACGUUUUCCAAAGACAUGAUAAACAAUUAAUGAAUGUGUAGUGGGUUUAUUUUUGUUUUGGUGACCACAGGAUUUCCUUCUUCACAGGGGUCUUUCAGAGUUGUUGGAGCUGUCAUCACUGGUCAGUCGCCAGAUGGUUCGGAUUCAGCAGGCCUUAGAGGAGGAGGAGCUUUGCUUGACCAAAGAGUGCCCCAAACAGUGA